CCCAAAGGAUAAAUCGGAUGGAACACCAAAAACAAAAAAAAAAAAUUCCCCAAAUAUAUUCUAUCUACGUGUAAAUUUUGAACUGUAAUAUCCGUUCGAGAUAACAUCCUUUUUCCAGGACCCGAAUAUAAUUUUCACUUUGUACAUCUUCUUCUUGGGCCUGAUGUAGGCAACCCAAGUCAAAGAGACUCAAACGAAAAAGAAAAUAAAAUUCCAGAAAAAACAGACUGCGUUUCCUCAACUUCUUGGUUCAUCCUCACUAAAAAAAAAAACUCAAAAAUUCUGGAAAUAGGGCAAAAAAUAAGUAAAAAAUGAGCUCAACAGCAAUUCUCUCCAGAUUAUCAUCUAUACGAGGAAGAUGCAAAUCAAUUCCUACAAUUGCUUACUUAUUCAAAUCAACCACCCCAUCUCCAGUUUCUUCUUCUACUAAGCGCAUUCCUCGUAUUUCAAGGUUACCUGUUGAAGCAAGCUGCUUACUUACAAUGUUGCCGUUGCACAGCGCAAUUGCUUCUGCUAGAUUACAGUCUGUAUUAUCUGUUGAUUCCCAGAGUUGGUGUUUAGUUCCUCAAGGCAUGUCAAUGCCUUUAUGAUAGCAUGUUCGACUAUUUUGGAUGGUACCCAGGAGCUCCUGCAAGAAGGAAUACUUGCAGAGCCAGAUUCCCCCUUUCCCCCUUUUUAUCACCAUCGAUUUUAUGUAGCAUCAGGGAGAACACAACAUUGCAUGUUUUGGUUGGUUAAAAUACUAAAUAUAUCUGCCAAUGAUUAUUAAGCUGCCUUCAAAGUUUUUGAUUCCUUGAGAUGGAUUUGAGUAUCAUUGUCA